AUGGUCAAUCCCCGGCAACGACGGAAAGCGCGCUCUGGGACACACCGUCCUGUUCGUACAACAAAUGUAAAAAAGGCAUUAAGGAAAAAGGCUAAAAUCAUUGGGCCAAAAGUCCUUCAGGAAGCUUGGGAUUAUCGUAAAACUGUGCAUCAGAAUUAUGAAGCAUUAGGUCUCAUGGCGGCUAUGGCUCCUGCUAAGGGUCCGAGUCGCCCCACAGAAUCAAUAAGCCUGUCAUCACUCGAAACUCAGGAGGCACCCACCUCAAGCACUUCGCGCACAAAAGUCCCCGAAACCCAGAUGGGUCGGCUGAUCCGGGAUGAAAAUGGAAAUGUGAUUGAUUUCGUUUUGGUGGACGAUCAGGGUGGACAUGCAGCAGAAGAGUGGCCGCCAAAGCCAUUUGAACAGGAUGGACCAGAGCCUCAGCCCAUUGUCGCGAAAACAGGCAUUGUGUGCGCCUUGGAGGAACAUGCCCGAUCAGAGAGCACGAAGUUCGAAACGUACUUGUCGAAACACCAGAUCAAGUGGCUACGCUCGCUGGUUGAUGCCCAUGGAGACAACAUCACGGCGAUGUCGAUGGAUAUGAAGCGGAAUGUAUGGCAAAAGACUCCCGGGGAGUUGCGAAAGCUGAUUUCCCGAGCUGGAGGGAUUGAUAGGAUCCGGGAGAUGUGACUGGGGCAAUUACUUGUGCAUCAGUACAUUGUUAAGACCAUUACAUAGUGUCACCAUUUGUUAACCCUUCCUCAUUUGCCUCGCUUCUCGCUUUUCUUUGUCUUUGUAACUUUUGUUUCUGUUUCCUCUGGGAAUUGUGGCCGCGUGCCUGAACUCUGACAAUUGAACCACUUGACCAUCUUCGG